AUGACCCCUACCACCACGACCCCUACUACCACUGUACACUACCACCACACCCCUACCACCACGACCCCUACCACUACGACCCCUACUACCACUGUCACUACCACCACGACCCCUACUCACCACGGUCACUACCACCACGACCCCUACCACCACGACCCCUACUACCACUGUCACUACCACCACGACCCCUACUACCACGACCCUACUACCACGACCCCUACCACCACGACCCCUACCACCACGACCCCUACUACCACGACCCCUACCACCACGACCCUACUACCACUGUCACUACACCACGACCCCUACUACCACGACCCCACUACCACUGUCACUACCACCACGACCCCUUACUACCCACGACCCCUUACCACCACGACCCCUACUACCACUGUCACUACCACCACGACCCCUACUACCACGACCCCUACUACCACGACCCCUACUACACUGUCACUACCACCACGACCCCUACACCACGACCCCUACCACCACGACCCCUACUACCACUGUCACUACCACCACGACCCCUCUACUGCUACCACGACCCCUACUACCACGACCCCUACUACCACUGUCACUACCACCACGACCCUACCACCACGACCCCUUACCAACCACGACCCCUACCACCACGACCCCUACUACCACGACCCCUACUACCACUGUCACUACCACCACGACCCCUACUACCACUGUCACUACCACCACGACCCCUACCAAAACAAACCCCCAGCAACCCCUCCAGGUUAUUCAUUAUGGAGGAUAUAA